GCACGGGUUCAAGGCGCGGCAGAUAAUAAUAAUACAUUUUAUUCCAAAGCGCCUUUCAGAGCACACAAGGACACGACAGUAUAAAUCAAGCAGCAUUACGGGAGAAGUCAGGAGUCUGUUAAGCUUCUUGGAGAUAGAAGCAGUUUUGAAGGAACAGAAUUGGGAGGAUUUCCACAGAGUUUGUGCUGAGUGGACUUCUGAGUGGACUACCCUGGGUGGCUGCCGAUCCAAGAUGAAGGUCGCUGCUCUCCUUCUCCUUUGCAUGACCCUGUUCCACCGGGGAUACAGCAACAGCCUGGACUCGUGUCAGGGUCGGUGUGGGUAUGGAACAGACAGCGGUUACUCCUGUCAGUGCAACACGGCGUGUGAGAAGUACAAUGACUGCUGUUCUGACUAUUUUACACUAUGCUGCCACAUCUUGUAGGGGCAGAUGUGAUGAAAAAUACAACUCUCAGAACCCAUGCCACUGCAACUCGCUGUGCUCCCAGUACAACAACUGCUGCAAUGAUUAUGCAGACCUCUGCAAUGCUGCAGUCGGACCCACAUCUUGCAAUGGCAGGUGUGGUGAAAGCUACAACUCUCAGAAUCCGUGCCACUGCAACUCCCUGUGCUCCCAGCACAACAACUGCUGCAGCGACUAUUCAGACAUCUGUACAACUGACUCUGGUGCUGCCAUCACUGAUGCUGAGCUCAAGUCUCUCUCUGAGACGCUUUACGUUCUGGACUCAAACAAGGCCUCAGCCUCUCAGCUGAUCAUCGACCCUCAAGCGCUGGUGCCCGACUCGCAGACCAGCUCCCAGUCGGACCUCUCCUCCAGGCCGUUGUUCAAGUACCUGAACGAAAACAUCCUGUUCUCGCGCCCAACCUACGCAGCCUUUCUGAAUGUUCUCAACAACUACAAGAGGAUGACCGGACAGACGGAGAGCUUCAGCUCUCAGCAGCUAACUGAGCAGGACACGUUCCUCAAGGAAACCAUGUUGAACACCGAGCUGGGCAGGGAGCUGUUUGCUUUCCUUUACACCAAGGGUGUUUAUAAAUCAGAGUCAGAGUUUAUUCAGGACCUGAAAAAUAUGUGGUUUGGUCUCUACUCCCGCAACAACAACGCCUUGGACUCCAGCGGUUUUGAACACAUCUUUGCAGGUGAAAUCAAGGGAGGAAAGGUGUCUGGUUUCCACAACUGGAUCCAGUUUUAUCUUCUUGAGAAACGAGGAGAGCUUAACUACUACAGCCACAGCUUCAACGGGCCUUGGUCCAAUUAUCCUGAUGUUUUGGGGCUGCAGUUCAAGUGGGACGGCUACUACAAGCAGGUGGGCUCUGCAGUGAUUGGUUGCAGCCCUGAGUUUGAUUUCGCCAUCUACAGCCUCUGCUACAUUGCUCGGCCUGGGAAACAGUGUCGCCUCAGUCUGGGAGGGAAAGAGCUCAUCAUACAAACUUACACCUGGGACAACUCUUCCUAUGGAAAUGGAAAGAAGUAUAUCGGUUCAGCCUAUCCUGUAUCAAUGUAUUGAGAAAAAAAAAAUGAUUGGGAAAUCAGCACAACUGUAUUACCCUAAAAACUUUUAAAUCCCUGUGUGCUGUAAUAAAGCAAAAACAAUCUGAAAA